CUAGAGGGUGAGGGUGAGCGUGUGUGUUCAGCCUGUGUGUGCCUCCGGGGGGUGUUCGGCUCUCCGGAGGCUGCAAUUCCUGGCUCCGCUGGAGAUCCGACCUCAGGAGGAAGCAUCUGAGCUAGGGGUGCUUCAUGAGGGGCCGCAGGGGCGACCGCAUGGCCAUCAACAUCCAGGAGCACAUGGCCAUCAACGUGUGCCCGGGGCCCAUCCGGCCCAUCCGCCAGAUCUCCGACUACUUCCCCCGCCGGGGACCCGGCCUCGAAGGGGGUGGCGGGGGCUUCGGAGAGGCCCCUGCUCAUCUGGCCCCCUUGGCCCUGGCCCCCCCGGCGGCCCUCCUUGGGGCCACCACGCCCGAGGAGGGAGCCGAGGUGGACAGCUACGACUCGGAUGAUACCACCGCCCUGGGCACGCUGGAGUUUGACCUUCUCUACGACCAGGCUUCCUGCACUCUGCACUGUAGUAUCCUCAGGGCUAAGGGCCUCAAGCCCAUGGAUUUCAAUGGCCUGGCUGACCCCUAUGUCAAGCUGCACCUGCUGCCUGGAGCCUGCAAGGCCAAUAAACUAAAAACUAAGACUCAGAGGAACACGCUGAAUCCCGUGUGGAACGAGGACCUGACGUAUAGCGGGAUCACGGUUGAUGACAUCACGCACAAGGUGCUCAGGAUCUCCGUCUGUGAUGAAGACAAGCUGAGCCACAACGAGUUCAUUGGGGAGAUCCGAGUACCCCUCCGCCGCCUCAAGCCUUCACAGAAGAAGCAUUUUAAUAUCUGCCUCGAGCGCCAGGUCCCGCUGGCUUCACCCUCUUCCAUGUCUGCUGCGCUGAGGGGCAUCUCCUGUUACCUGAAGGAGCUGGAGCAGGCGGAGCAGGGGCCGGGGCUGCUGGAGGAGCGUGGGCGCAUCCUGCUGAGCCUCAGCUACAGCUCUCGGCGCCGCGGGCUGCUGGUGGGCAUCGUGCGCUGUGCCCACCUGGCUGCCAUGGAUGUCAACGGCUACUCCGACCCCUAUGUCAAGACGUACCUGAGGCCGGAUGUGGAUAAGAAAUCCAAGCAUAAAACAUGUGUGAAGAAGAAGACUCUCAACCCGGAAUUUAAUGAGGAGUUCUUCUAUGAUAUGGAGCUCUCCACUCUGGCCACUAAGACUCUGGAAGUCACAGUCUGGGACUAUGACAUCGGCAAAUCCAACGACUUCAUCGGUGGCGUGUCCUUGGGCCCAGGCGCCCGGGGAGAGGCCCGGAGGCACUGGAGUGACUGUCUGCAGCAGCCAGAUGCAGCCCUGGAACGCUGGCACACUCUGACCAGCCAGCUGCCCCCCGCAGCCGGGGCUCUGCCCUCAGCCUGAGUGGCACGGUGGCCCCUUGGGGCCGGGUCCAGUACCCAACCUUCGCACGAGCGUGUUGCACGUUUACAGGGGGUGGAUGCCCCGCCCCGCACUACCUGUCUUAUUUUGUGAGAGUCUCCGUGACUGUGGGUCUGUCUUCUUGUGAGGGACUGUGGAGAUCUAUAUUCACAUAUGCAAACUUCCUUCUGCCUGACUCGCUACAACCUGCAAAUAUGCAAACCGCCCAUCCUGAGCACACCUGCGGGGGGUCCCACAGAGCCCAGGGCCCCAGCUGCCACUUCUCUCUCCUGCCUCUCCAGGCUGCCCGUUCCCCUCCCCUGCAGGAGGAGGUCGGAUUAGGGGGGGUUUGGAGGAGAACGUUUCCAAAAAAGAAAAGGACAAAAAACAAAGAGCCACUUCUUUAAUACACAAUCUUCAUUUAAAAAACACCACACACACACACACACACACACAUACACACACACACACACACACCUAG